AUGAAGAAAGCAGAGCUCGUGUUCAUCCCAUGUCCAGGGAUCGGUCACCUUGUCUCAAUUGUAGAGUUCGCGAAGCGCCUUAUCGAUCGAGAUGAUCGAUUCUCCAUCACCAUCCUUGUCAUCAAAUUCAAAACCUCCACCCCCCCAAACAUUGACUCCUACACCAACUCACUCUCCACCUCCCACCCACUCAUCAAACUCAUUGACCUCCCUCAACUCCAUCCACCCAACUCAUCUGAACUCGCCAAAUCCCCUGAAAACUACAUCACUCUUUACAUAGAAAGUUUCAAACCCCACAUCAAACACGUCCUCGGUAACCUCAUCGGGUCGACUCACUCUCACCCUAACUCGCCCCGACUCGUUGGGUUAGUCCUCGACUUCUUUUGCAUUUCCAUGAUUGACGUUGGCAACGAACUCGGUCUUCCUUCUUAUCUAUUCUUGACCUCCGGUGCUGCGUUUCUUGGCCUCAUGCUAUACAUCCCAACCCGCCACGACCGGGUCAGCACCGAGUUCAGCGAAUCGGAUCCUGAGUUUUUGAUUCCGGGUUUUAUCAACCCAGUUCCUCCACGAGUUUUGCCCUCCGCAGUGUUCAACAAGGACGGUGGUUACGCUGCUUAUCUCAAGCUGGCAAAAAGGUUUAGGGACACCAAGGGCAUUAUAGUAAAUACAUUACUGGAGUUGGAAUCCCAUGCUAUUAGCUCACUGUGCGAAGGUCAAACCCCUCCAAUCUACACCGUAGGACCGGUGAUUGAUGCAAAGGGUGAGGCCCAGAACAAGCUAGGCUCCCCAGGGUCCCACAGUAAGAACAACAACAUAAUGACAUGGCUUGAUGAUCAAGAUCCAUCGUCGGUGGUGUUCCUGUGCUUCGGGAGCAUGGGGACAUUCGGUGCACCCUGUAAGAGGAGCUAA